AUGUCCUCAGGCGGUGUCAGGGAUCAGACUGGGGAGUCCUACUUUGGUGAGGAGUGGUGGGAGCCCCCUCCCCCCGCACCGAACCAGGAUCGUGGGGCUCUACAGGAGCAGGAGAGGAGGACUGACCUGGAAUGAUGGUUUGCUGAGGGGCACAGUUCGGAGGACGGGAGCUGGGCAGAACUGAGGCAGAACGGAAGAGGAGAGUUAUGUUAUGUACUGAAAUUCUCACCCUGGGGAAGCAGGGGGAUACUGUAGAUAGUUCAGGUCCACAUAUGCAAAUAAGGGAUCAAAAGUGACAUUCAGUGAUUGGAUAGUUACAGAAAAUGGUUACUGUUGCGUUCUAGUGGAGCUCUAUAUAAGCAGGCUGGCUGAACCCUUCAGUUCAGUUCUGUUCUAGCCUGUGAAUAAACAAGAGCUGUUGAAGAAUCGCUGUGUCGUCUGAUAUGUUCACCCACAUCUUAACACUGGUGACGAGGAUGGGAUGGAUGGACAACAGAGCACAGCCAGAUGCAGCCACCCUCUGAGCAGAGCUGAAUCACUGAGCUGAAACACCGAGCGAAAUCACUGAACAGAACCAAUUCAGAGCUGACCGCUCUGGCUAGAGCACUGUGUUCCAUCCAUCGCCCUCUACGUCGGCAUCGGAACCAUGGCUUCACUUGUGCCUCUAUUGCCGUUUGCCCCAGCCUCUGAAUCAUGGGACUCUGGCCUUGCUCAGUUCGACUGCUACCUCCAAGCCAACGAGCUGACAGAAGUGUCAGAGGAGAGUAAGCGGGGCCUAUUCCUCAGCCUCUGUGGGCCCAAGGUGUUCGAGAUGGCCCGAGCAUUGGUUGCGCCUGUAGCAGUCCAGGCAACACCAUGGGACACGAUCCAAGAGAAGCUCCGCAACCACUACGCACCAAAGCCGUCCAAGAUUGCUGCCCGCCAUGCGUUCUACCACCGGAACCAGGCAGAGGGGGAGUCAAUCAACAAUUACACCACUGCCCUCCAACAAGCUGCAAUGCACUGCAAGUUCCGAGACUUAGACGAUGCCCUGAUGGAUCGAAUCGUCUGCGGGGUCCGGGACAUCCGUCUGCAACGGUGUCUCCUCACCAAGCCAGACCUCACGCUGCAGAAAGCCCCUGAGGAGGCCUCGUGUCUUGCGAGGAAGCCAAUUCCAGUGUAUCACAAAGAGGCCAGCAGUGACGAGGCAUCCUCCAGUGAAGAUGAUGACGUUCACCAGACAAAGCGGGAGCGCAUGAAGUUCCAACAGAAGUCCAAGGGCCAAUUGGAAUGUGCCAGCUGCGGAGGCAACCAUUCCCAUGCCAAGUGUCGACUCAGAGAUGCCAUCUGUCGGGCGUGUUCCAGAAGGGGCCACAUCGCUAAGGUCUGCCGAUCGACUCCGUCUGACAACCCCCUUCACCGACUUGCAAGUCCAAGUCUUCACUCCAGUCUGCCAAGGAAAGCUGUUUCGCUCUCACCAACUGCCGCUGCCCAUCUGGAACCACGAUUGGCCAAACCGACUCGCCUACGCGACGCAAGCUGA